AUGUAUUAUGAAUCAUCUGGAAAUCGCUAUCGGGAUUAUAUUGAUGAUUCAACAUCGCACAAAUUAAAAAGUGCUUACUGGUCUACCAGACAAGCAGUCAUUCGUAAACUUGGCAAAGAAGAAGAUCGACACAUUGUUGCAUCAGAUGCAGAGUUAGAUGCAAAGCUUGAACUUUUUAAAUCGGUUCAGACAACGUGUCAGGAAUUGAGUACUUGCAUUGAUGCUUAUCUGCGCUGCAUUUUUGUUCUUUCGCAAGUGGAAAACGACACAGGUCGGUUCCUCAAUGCUCGAAGCUCGGAGGACAAAACGCGAGCUGGAAAAAUGUUGUCAGCGGUUGGAAAAGCUUUGUCGCAUUCUGCCCAACAGCGGCUUGUUCUUCAGAACCCCUUGAGUCGUUUAGAACAGGAAGUCCAAACAUUCCGCGCCCGAGCCAUUGGUGACACCGAGAGUACAAUAAAGCGCAUGGAAACUGCUCGAACUGAGUAUCGUGGAGCUCUAAUGUGGAUGAAAAAUGUCAGUGAGGAGUUGGACCCUGAUAUGUAUAAAAAACUGGAUAAAUUUCGACGUGUUCAAACUCAAGUUAAGAAGAACAAGGCCAACUUUGAUCGGCUUAAAUUGGCUGUUAUGCAGAAGGUGGAUUUGUUAGCUGCUAGUCGAUGUAACAUGCUCAGCCACGUUUUGGCGGCUUAUCAGGAUACGCUUCUGCAAUUCUGGGAGCGUACGGCUUGCACAAUGACAACCGUAGCAAACAGUUUCAAGGGUUAUCAGUACUAUGAAUUCGCUCUUCUCAAAGAUCUCACACCAGAAAGCCGAAAGCUCGCUGAACAGACCUCUCAAGUCUUCGACACAGAGGAAGACUUUUUAUUGGUUGAUCUUACUGCACCUUUCUUCAGACAAUUAGAUGACGAAACUAGUAUUGCUGAAGAGUCACUAAUCGAAACAGGGAAGGAAGUUACACAAAGUGAGAAAAGUGCCAAUUCGGAAAGUCCAGUCAAACCUCCAGAAGAUCUUCUACCAGAGGAAGAAUACGAUAAAAAAUUGGAUGAUCUCUUUGCCACUACGGAUAUUGACAAAGCUGGAAAGGCUUUGGACGAUAUGUUCUUUUCAACCGCCUCUUCAUCUGGUCAAGAUUCGAAGAUGGAUAUUUUCCAGCAUUUGGAAGUGGCUGGAGGUAACACUGAUGCGGACUUUUUGACGGAUAUCUUGUCGCUGGAACAACCAACUCCAAAUCUCUUCGAUGAACCACCUUCUUCUAGAACUCCUGGUGGCGGCAUGGGUGAAUCCUUCUUCAAAUUAAAUUGGGACAACCAACUUUCAGAUGUCUUUUCAUCGCCAAAUUCCGCAGCGAUUGCGACAAAUCCACUGCAACCGCGGCCGUCAAGUAGUGUGCUACAGCCCGAAGGUUCUUCCUCCACUCAGAAGCCAUCCCAACAGAAAUCCCAAAAUCAAGUUCCAUUCAAAGCUACAAAGAAUGUCAACAAACCUGAUCCCUCUGAUGUGGAAGCCUGGAUGAAAUUCUUUGCAGACCUCAAUCCCCUCGAAAAUCCGGAUCAACAGAGCAAAACUAAAGGUCAUGUUUUGGACGCCUAG